AUGAUGUUGAUGACAAGGGCGAGUACAAGAUUUCUACGUGGACUAUCACAUAGGCUCUAUCAGCAACAAGCAAGUGCACUGAAUGGAAUUCCACCGCCUUUACAAGGCAUCAAGGUCGUAGACCUCACCCGGGUUUUGGCUGGCCCGACGGCAACGAUGUUGCUGGCAGACCUCGGCGCCGACGUGGUCAAAGUUGAAGAGGUUACUCGGGGUGAUGACACCAGACAAUGGGACCCACCAUCUGCACCUUUGAUCGAAGGUGCACCUGCGGAGGCAAAACAUCUUCCAGCGGAGUCGGCCUACUUCCUAGCCGCGAACAAAAACAAACGGUCUAUGACUGUAAACUUCAAGAAACCGGAGGGAUUGAAGAUCAUCCAUAAAAUGAUUGCCCAGGCGGAUAUUCUCGUGGAGAAUUACAUUCCCGGCAAACUCGCUAGCAUGGGGCUUGGCUAUGAAGACUGCAAAGCUAUCAACCCCGGCCUUGUGUACGCAUCCAUCACUGGGUAUGGUCAGACCGGGCCAUAUAGCCAAGCCCCAGGCUACGAUGUCAUAAUCGCCGGCGAAGGUGGGCUCAUGCACAUAACUGGGGAGCCAGACGGACCGCCUUGCAAGGUUGGUGUCGCAUCGACGGACAUUGCGACAGGGUUGUAUGCUCAUGGGGCCAUCAUGGCUGCCCUCAUCUCCAGACAACGCACUGGCAAGGGCGUCUGGGUAGACUGCAGCCUGUUUGAUACCCAGCUCGCUGGUCUCGCCAAUGUCGCGUCGAACUAUCUAAUCGCAGGACACGAGGGCGGUCGACAUGGAACUGCUCACCCGUCGAUUGUUCCAUACCAAGCAUUUCCUUGUAAAGAUGGCUUCCUGAUGUUCGGGACAGGAAAUGAACGCCAGGCAAGUUUUAAAACCCUGGCUACACGCAUUCUAGAGCAGCCCGCGUUGGCCGAUGAUCCUCGGUUUUCGUCUAAUGCUGCCAGGGUUGCGAAUCGAACUGAACUGAUCAAGAUCAUCUCUGACGUGCUCACCACCAACACGAGAGAUUACUGGAUAGAGAAGUUCACUGGGCUUGGUAUACCAUUUGGUCCUAUCAACAACGUUCGCCAAGCGUUUGAGCAUCCACAGGCGAAGGCUCGCCAUGCAGCUGUAGAGGUUGAUCAUCCGAGGGCAGGGAAAAUCAAGGUUGUCGCCCCAGCAGUAUUUUAUGACGGUAAGAAAAUGCCCGUGAGACGCCCACCGCCGUGGCUGUCACAACAUACGUCCGAGGUUCUGGAAGAAUUGGGGUACAGCUCGAAGGAAAUCGAGGAAUUGAAGGAGGGGCAGGUUGUGUCGACCGCUCACGCCCCCUACAAAACUCCUGUUGGCAUGGAAUCUACGCAGAAACGGCGAAAUUCCUCUCCUCCUGUUAAAAGCUUACCUACGUCCGAGGUGAAACCAUUGCCCGUAGAUGCCGCUGAUGCCCCCUCGCCCCCACCAGCAAAGGAGUUGGAGUCGCCGGCAGAUGAGGAUGAUUUGGCUGACGACGAGACGGAUGACGGCGACGACAACAUUCCAUCAGACAUCAUCGAUAAGGAGAUAUUCAACCAAAUCCUCGAUCUCGACGAUGGGGACACGAAAGAGUUUUCGUUUGAAAUGACCGCUGCGUAUCUAGUUCAGGCGAAGGAGACAUUCGUCAACAUGGAUCGCGCGUUAUUGGCAAAGGAUUUACAUGAGCUAUCACGACUGGGCCACUACUUGAAAGGCUCCUCUGCCGCCAUCGGAAUCAAGAAGGUACAGGCCUCCUGCGAGAAGAUACAGCACUGUGGGGACAAUGCUGUGGGAGAAAGCAAGCUUGGUCAAGCUGAAGCACUGCAGAAAAUCACGCAAAUGGUCAGCCAGGCGAAGAAGGAAAACGAGAAGGCUGAAGAGUGGCUCCAUAUAUACUACAAGGACGAAAUGGAGGCUGCUUCAUGA